UUUAUAAAAGUUUCUCUCUCCCAAAACCCAAACCCUCUUUUUCUUUCUUUCUUUUUAUUAUUAUCUCUCUCUACUAUACUAUUGCUUUUGUGGCGGCUGUUGAAACACAGUUGUUUUUUAGGGUUUGAAGAUCUAUCUUUCUUAUGGCUGCUGGUGCUCCUCCUUCUGAUCAAGCUGCAGAUUUGCUGCAGAAUUUGUCAUUGGAUUCUCGGAAUAAGACUCUUGAACUUGCAGAGGCAAAAAAGAAGCCUUCUGGGAACUCUGCAGACGGGGCAAACGGUCAGGUCCAGUCAAUGGAUCCAAAUCGGUCUCUGACACCUCUGUUGCCAGAAUUCAUGGAUCCAAAUUUGUGCUAUGUUCCUAAUAAUUAUGCCUCACCAGCAUACUAUUAUGGAUAUGAUGCUUCUGCUAAUGAGUGGGAGGACUAUUCAAGAUAUAUGAAUCCGGAUGGAGUUGAGAUGCCUGGAGUUUAUGGGGACAGCGGGUCACUUAUGUAUCAUCCUGGAUAUGGAUAUGCACCCUAUAGUCCAUAUUCACCUGCUACUUCACCUGCCCCGACUGUGGGGCAUGAUGGCCAGCUUUAUGGAUCGCAACAAUACCAUUAUCCGUAUUACCAGCCCCUUCCCCCAACCAGUGGUUCAAACACUACUCCAGCUGCCCCGCCAAAAGGUGAGAUCGCCACCUCUGCAGCGGCUGCUGACCAAUCAUCGUUAUCUGUGGAUUCUGCUAAUGGAAAUUCUAAUGUCGUUGCAAAUGGUGGUGUAAAGGGGAAUACUGGGCCUAUGCCUGUGAGGCCUCAAUACCAGAACUCAUCCUUAAAUGCUAAUGGUUCUUAUGGACUGGGUGCCUUGCCUGGAGGAGUUGCUUCAGGUUAUCAGGACCCUAGACUAGGUUUUGACGGUGUGAGAUCUCCAAUUCCAUGGAUUGAUGGGUCAAUGUUCACCGACGGGCAAGCUAGGACAGGCAAUUCUUUUACACCAUCAUUUUCAAAUGGCUAUGCUGCUCCAUCAUCAAAGAAUCAGAAUUAUCAAAUGGGUUUGCACCACCCAAGGCCCUCGUCUGGCGUGAACACAACCAAUGCUUAUAUGAAUAGGAUGUAUCCCAACAAAUAUUAUGGGCAGUAUGGGAACACAUUCAGUUCUGGCAUGGGCUAUGGGUCUAACCGGUAUGAUUCUCGCACUACAGGUCGUGGGUGGAUGACAGCUGAUAACAGGUUUAAACCCUCGAGGGGUAGAGGAAAUAGUUUUUAUGGCUACGGCAACGAAAACAUGGAUGGUUUAAAUGAGCUCAACAGGGGACCAAGAGGUAAAGGAUCCAAGACUCAGAAGGGUUUUACACCAGUUGCUCUGGCAGUCAAGGGGCAGAACAUCCCCCUUGCUGUAACCAAAGAUGCUGAGAAAGAUAAACCAAGCCUUGUUCCUGACAGAGAACAAUACAACCAUCCAGAUUUUCCAGUGACAUAUACUGAUGCCAAGUUUUUUAUCAUCAAGUCAUACAGUGAGGAUGAUGUGCACAAAAGCAUCAAAUAUAAUGUUUGGGCUAGCACACCAAAUGGUAAUAAGAAGCUUGAUGCUGCUUACCAGGAAGCUCAACAGAAAGCUGGAGGCUGCCCUGUUUUUCUUUUCUUCUCGGUAAACACAAGCGGACAAUUUGUUGGUGUUGCAGAGAUGGUAGGACCAGUUGAUUUCAACAAGAAUGUGGAGUAUUGGCAGCAAGACAAGUGGAUCGGCUGUUUUCCUGUCAAGUGGCACAUUGUGAAGGAUGUUCCAAACAGCUUGUUGAAACACAUCACGCUGGAAAACAAUGAGAACAAGCCUGUUACCAACAGCAGAGAUACUCAGGAGGUUAAAUUGGAGCAGGGUCUAGAGGUGCUUAAGAUUUUUAAGGAUCAUGUUAGCAAACAGUGCAUCCUUGAUGAUUUUGAGUUCUAUGAGGAUCGUCAGAAGAGAAUUCAGGAAAAGAAGGCCAAACAGCAGCUAUACCAGAAGCAGACUCAGGUAUGGGAAGGCAAAGCUAGUGAAGAGAAGAGCAAAGAAAAUUCGAACGUUGAGCUUAAGUCACAGAAACCUUCCGAAGUUUCUGCAGGUUUGAACAAAGAAAAUUCACCGGCUGCUCAGACUAAUGUGGAGGUCAAGCUUGCAGAAAAUGUAUCAGUUACUAACUCAGGAGUUGAUGUGAAGGGUGCGAAACCAGUCAGUGUACCAGAAAAGAAACCUGUAGCUGAAAAUGGGCUUGCUUGCUAAUGGAUGCUAACUUCAGCUAAUGAAGGGCGGUCUGUGGUUAAGAGGUCCUAGAUUUGAGCUUUAUGACUACAUGAUGAUAUGCACGUGAGUGGUGCUUGGUUAAAACUCAUAACCAUUGGCUGCCCUUUUUAUCUGAGCAGUAUCUGGAGUUGGUUGUUGCUGGAAAUAAAGUUCCCAGAGAAAAUUCAAUAUUGUCAAAGGCUAAGUCUAUCUGUUUCUUAGAGUUCAGAAAGCGCGGAAGCCCCAUUUUUCAUCCUGUUUCUUUGUUUUAGCUUGACCCGGUUUCAUACUUUGUUUUGGGUAUUUAGGAUAGUUGUCUUUUUCUGUUUUGUUUCUUUCGACUUGUGGCUUAUUUUGGUCCAGUUUUCCUUUUUGUUUACAAGUUACUUGGGCUUUAGCGGUGGGGUUCUUGUUAUUAUUAGUUUUGGCUCCCAAUCCUAUCUUGUAAAUCUAGAUCAAUCUGUUGCGGCAGUUUAGCAUUGCUUUUAUUACUAAUGAAAAAGAGCUAGAAGCAAGGUGGGAAUAUUGCAAUAUAGUUAAUCUAGGAAGCUUUUGACAGUAAUGCUUCA